AUAUUGAUGAGUGUCAGACAAUGAGACCUUGCAAUCAUACAUGCACAAAUAAAGAAGGCUCUUUUGAGUGCAGUUGUCUGGCUGGAUAUUCACUGUUUGUAUUUAAUGGAACACAGCGUCAUUUCAUUCCUCCUACUGAAGAUGGAACACAUGCAGGGGAUGUGUACCAAAUUAAUCACACUUGUGUGCGCAAUCUUUGUUUACCUCCUCCAACCAUUCUAAAUGCAGCUCUGUUAUCACAGAAGACUAAUUACUAUUAUGAAGACACAGUUAUGUACAAAUGUCAGCUAGGUUAUGUUCUGGAGAACCCAACAGCCAACACUCUGCAAUGUCACCAAAGUGGAAAUUGGACAGGAUUAGAAAUCAGAUGCAGAC